GUUUAAAAUUAUUUCGAAGUCUGAUUCCCCCGGGUGUUCAUUUUUUUGGUAAAAUCCCGGGUGUUCAUUGGGUUAUUAUUGCAUCGGCCAUCAAUCGCUCUAUCGCCAAUGCCAGCUUUUAGCCUUUUUCAUCGCUUUAUUAUUUUCUCGCCACUACUUUCAUCGCUUUCGGAGUCCAUUAAUUAAACACCACCACACUCCACUCUAACUCUAACAGAUCCAUUCCUUCUCUCUCCCUGCAAACCCCCUUCUCUGCUUCUUUGCCUCUCAAAAUCGGCCCAAAUCCUAAUGACUAGCCUCAGUUGUUCAUUUUCAUUUUCUGUUGUUUCCAAAUAAAACUUUCAAGCAUUUGAACAGCCUUCCCUCUUUGUCCACUCAUUUGUUUUGGUUCUUUACGUUUCUUCUCAUUGAUUUUCUUUGUCUUUCCUUUGGUUCGUCGAAGUUAAGUUCUUGCUAUUUGGUUGGUCGAGGACUUUGUUCUUCGUUUUCUUUCUGUGAAAUUAAAGCCUGCAAAAUUUACACGAGAAAUGGCGAUGUCGGCAGCUAAUAUAGGGAUGAUGGAUGGCGCGUAUUUUGUAGGGCGGAAUGAAAUCCUUACCUGGAUUAACGCCACGCUUCAGCUCAAUCUCUCCAGGGUAGAGGAGGCUGCAUCGGGUGCUGUUCAGUGUCAGAUGAUGGACAUGACCCAUCCAGGAGUUGUUCCAAUGCACAAGGUGAAUUUUGAUGCCAGGACUGAAUAUGACAUGAUCCAGAAUUACAAGGUUCUACAAGAAGUAUUUAACAAACUAAAAAUAGAGAAGCAUAUUGAAGUCAACAAACUUGUAAAAGGGCGACCUUUGGACAACUUGGAGUUUUUACAAUGGCUGAAACGUUACUGUGACUCUGUAAAUGGUGGCAUUAUGAAUGAGAAUUAUAAUCCAGUGGAAAGAAGAUGUAAGGGUGGGAAGGAACGCAACCCCAAGGGUUCUCACAAAGUUUCAAAAUCUCUUCAAGUAAACAGCUUAGCUAAUAAUGCUGGCUUGGGCAAUGGAACAGGUUCCAAGACAGGACCUAAGCAAGGGAAAAGUGGUUCAGUGCCAGCUGUAGCUAAUUCUGCUCGUGAGAUUCAGGAAUUGUCUGAUCAGAUCAUGGACCUCAAGCUUUCUGUUGAUCAUUUGGAGAAAGAGAGAGAUUUCUACUUUUCAAAGUUACUGGAGAUUGAAAUCCUUUGUCGAAAUCCUGAGUUGGAGAACCUGCCGAUGGCAAUGACAAUAAAGAAGAUCUUGUAUGCUGCAGAUGCAAAGGAGUCGGCUCUUACAGAAGCUCAAGGGCUGAUAAGCAGAUCCAUGAAUCUUGAUUCAGAUGAAACCGAUAAAAAGAACAAUCUUGAUGCAGCUGAAGUAGAAGAUGAUUCUUAGAAUGAACAUAUAUAUCUCACACUCUUGCCUUAACUUACACUGACGGUGUUAGUGUGCUACUUGAUCAAUAAUGCAGAAUUUCGACUAAACCAUGGUAGCUUGGUUAGUGAUGUUGAUAACCAUAAAAUAGUAGCUUAGAGACUUGACACUCUUACAGAGACUGGAUAUUGUGGUAUGCAACGUGAUUAAAAUUGAUCUAAAUGUGCUUAUAAUGAACUCUUACAGUGACAUUAGAUUCUCAAUUUUCUAAUGCAACAUCAGUUGUAAAGGUAAAGCAUUGUGCUUCCAUGUUUAAUAAGUUCAUUCCCAUUGCCUCA